UUUCUAAUACAUGUGAGAUUAAAUUAUGAAACAGUCCUUUUCAAUCUCAUGGAUUUUAAUUGUAAGGAUCAUUGCAUCUGCUGCUAUUUAUACAGACUACCCUUGCAUCACUACAUCUGCUUCAUACUCUCUUUCUCUCUCAAGUUCUGUCUUUAAACAAAGAAAAAGAAAGGAAUGAAAACAAUGAAGGUAAAAUUUAUUGGGUUUAUCAUAACCUUUCUGCUCUUUGCAUUGCUUCUUUGCUUCUACUCAGCAUCUGCUCGUCUCCUGCCAAAGAAGCAAGGUGAAAAUGAGUUUAAAACUAAUGGUAUCAUUCAAGCUGGUUUAUUGACAGAUAUAAAAGAAGAUUUCUCAAAUUUAAUGGGAUCAGAAGAGUGCUAUGAGAAAGAUGAAGAAUGUCUGAAAAGAAGGAUGAUUGCAGAACCUGAUAUGGAUUAUAUUUACAGUCAACAUCAUAAGCCUUAGAUAUAUAAUCCAUACAAGGAAUAAUAAUAAUAUAGCAUGUACUUUUUUAUGC